CGCGCCUCUUCCGUCUGUAAGCGGAAGACGGUGUGUUGUGAUGACGUCCCCCGGCCGCGGCUGAGUAGGAAGAUGAUGAAGAUGAAGCCGGAGAGAGACGGAGACGGAGAGCGCGAGAGCCGGACCGAGCCGCGGGGAGAGGAGCGCGCGGAGCCGCGCGGGGAGCAGCGCGCGGAGGAGCGGAGCGGCUGGAGCUCCCUCACCCACAAACAGAGCGAGUCUGUGGAGGAGAUCCGGAGAUCCGCCGAGAGCCUGGAGCUACCCUCAGAGUUGCCCAUAGAAGACCUGUGCUCCCUGCCGUCUCGCUCCCUCUUCCCUGCCGCUAUUCCUGCAUCUACUGAGGACGUCCUGCUGAAGGGCUUCCAGAUGCUGGACAUGGAGGACCGGCGGAUAGAGACCGCUCAGCAGUUCUUCUCCUGGUUCUCCAAACUGCAGGCUCAGAUGGACCAGGACGAAGGAGCCAAGUACAGGAGAACCCGCGAGUGCUUGAGUUGUUAUCAGGAUCAGUGUGAUGCGAUCCUGACGGACGUCUCGGCGGCGCUGGAACAUCUGGACUCUCUGCAGAAGCAGUACCUGUUCGUCUCCACUAAAACCGGCACUCUGCAUGAAGCCUGUGAGCAGCUGCUGAAGGAGCAGUCUGAGCUGGUGGAUCUGGCCGAGAGCAUCCAGCAGAAACUCUCGUAUUUUAAUGAGCUGGAGAACAUCAACACGAAACUGAACUCUCCCACUCUGUCGGUGAACAGCGAGGGCUUCGUCCCCAUGCUGUCCAAACUAGACGACUGUAUUGAGUAUGUCUCUGCACACCCUAAUUUUAAGGAUCACCCAGUUUAUCUGGCUAAGUUCAGGCAGUGUCUGUCUAAAGCCAUGCAGCUGAUCAGGACCCACGCCGUCAGCACCCUGCAGAACCUCACCAGCCAGCUCACCAAGCGGGACCCGCUGGGCGUGGCUAAUGCAGACAACGCCUUCACGCUUUACUACGUAAAGUUCAGAGCGGCGGCGCCUAAACUCAGAACACUCAUUGAGCAGGUCGAACAGCGGUCUGAAAAAAUACCAGAGUAUCAGCAGCUGCUGGAUGAUAUCCACCAGUCUUAUUUAGAACAGAGGGAGGCGCUGCUGAGCCCCAGCAUCAACUCCACCAUCACUGACCUCACCAGUCAGAGCAACAAAGACCACUGUGCUCUGGUGCGCAGUGGCUGUGCCUUCAUGGCUCAUGUGUGUCAGGAUGAAAACCAGCUCUACAGCGAGUUCUUCUCCAAACCCACGGCCAAACUGGAUGAGCUGCUGGAGAAGUUGUGUCUGUCUCUGUACGACGUGCUGCGGCCGCUCAUCAUCCACGUGGUUCACCUGGAGACGCUUUCUGAACUCUGUGGAAUCUUGAAGAACGAAAUGCUGGAGGAUCACGUCCACAACAAUACGGUGCAGUUGGGAGCGUUCGAGGCGGUGGUAAAGCAGAUGCUGGAGGACGUUCAGGAGCGUUUGGUCUACAGAACCCACAUUUACAUCCAGACAGACAUCAGCGGCUAUAGCCCCGCCCCCGGGGACCUGGCCUACCCUGAGAAACUGCAGAUGAUGGAGAAAAUCGCUCAGUCUCUGAAGGAGGAGCAGUUGAGGCUGAACUCACCGGACUCGUCCUUCUCUGAUGUUCAGCUGGAAGACCCGGAGUCCCGGAAGCUCAUCAGUUCCGGUGGCGUUGAAAGUUCACGGGUGCCGGCGAGUGUGUCUCCAGCUGAUCUGCACGGCAUGUGGUAUCCCACGGUCAGACGCACUCUGGUCUGUCUGUCUAAACUCUACCGCUGCAUAGAUAGGGCUGUGUUUCAGGGUCUGUCCCAGGAGGCGCUGUCCGCCUGUAUCCAGUCUCUCCUCAAAGCUUCAGAAGAUAUUCUCAAAAAUAAGAGUCAGAUCGACGGCCAGCUUUUCCUCAUCAAACAUCUUCUGAUCCUGAGGGAACAGAUCGCACCGUUUCACGCUGAUUUCGCCAUCAAAGAGAUUUCCCUGGACCUGAAGAAGACUAGAGAUGCUGCUUUUAAAAUCCUCCACCCGAAGGCUGUGCCCAAAUUCUUCCGGCUGAACAGCCACAACGCCAUCCUGGAGUUCCUGCUGGAGGGGACGCCGGAGAUAAAGGAGCACUAUAUCGACUCGAAGAAGGACGUUGACCGACACCUGAAGUCCAGCUGUGAGCAUUUCAUCCAGCAGCAGACCCGCAUGUUUGUGGGAAGUCUGGAGGAGUUUCUCACCAAGGUCGCAGCAUUAAAAACGAUGGCUAUUCAAGGCGGCCCGACGUACAACCUCUCCCAGCAGCCCUGGGCUCAGCCUGCGAAGAUCAAUGACCUGGUGAUGUCCAUGUACCGCGUGAUGAAGAACAAGGUUCCCGGGACGUUACAGAGCAUGUCCUUAUAUCUGGCCAAUAAGGACACAGAGUUCAUUCUCUUUAAACCUGUCAGAAACAACAUCCAGCAGGUGUUUCAGAAGCUUCACAACGUCCUGCAGGAGGAGUACAGCGGGGAGGACCUUCAGAUCAUCGCCUGCCCGUCCUUGGAACAGAUCAAUCUGUUGCUGUCGGUGAGCAAGUAGUGGGAUUAGCAGCCGCUCGGGUUUCUCCAGGCUCCUCAGUGUCCAGCAGAGACGAGGCUAUCGUCCGUCUCUCUCAGCUAACGCUAAUGCUAACACACACACACACACGAGCAGCGUCUCUAAGGACCAGUGGAGUUCACCUGACCGCGUCAAUGUAAACCAAAGACUAGCAUAAGAGCUAGCAUGUCUGAAAGGAGACGCUGGGGCUCAGGCGGGGGCGGAUAUUAUUAGAUAGCUGAUAGCUGUUGGUACGACUGAUGGAUUUGUACAGAUAAAUUGUGGUAUAUGAGAAGAUUCUACUGUGUUGAAUGUGUUCUGUUACGUUGGGGGGAGGGGGGGUGCAGGGGUGUGGGAUCUGGUUUGGGGGUUUGGCUCAAAGGCAGCUUCUUCUGGUGGACGGUUGGAUAUAAAUUAUUGAUCUAAAUAAUGAAUUCUACAAUUCCUAAAGCACAGCUCUGGAAAAAAAUAAGAGAUCACUUCAGUUUCUGAAUCAGUUUCUCUGAUUUUUAUAGGUAUUUAUGGGUUUAUAUUUGAGUAAAUUGAACAUUGUUGAUUUAUUCUUUAAACUACAGACAACAUUUAUCCCAAUUUCCAAAUAAAAAUAUUAAUUUAUAGUCAUUUAGAGCAUUUAUUUACAGAAAAUGAGAAAUGGCUGAAAUAACAAAAAAAAGCUUUCAGACCUCAAAUAAUGCAAAGAAAACAAGUUCAUAUUCAUAAAGUUUUAAUAGUUAAAGAGUUUUCAUGCAUCUUGGCAUCAUGUUCUCCUCCACCAGUCUUACACACUGCUUUUGGAUAACUUUAUGCUGCUUUACUCCUGGUGCAGCAACAUUUCGGGCAGUUCAGUUUGGUGGUUUGAUGGUUUGUGAUCAUCCAUCUUCCUCUUGAUUAUAUUCCAGAGGUUUUUAAUUCGGUAAAAUCAAAGAAACUCAUCAUUAUUUUUUAAGUGGUCUCUUUUUUCCCCAGAGUUGUGUAUAUAUACUGUAUUUUUCAGACUGUAAGGCGCAUUUAAGCGACAAUAGUAUAAAAUAGGGAUGUCGCCAUGUUUUCCCGCUGGACUAACCGCUAGUAGGUAAUGCUAAUUAGCAGCAGGCUACAAUCCAAUAUACUCAUAUCUGAACAGUGAAAGAGUUAGCGCUUAUUGUGGUUAGCAGCUAAUGCUAAUACUGCUCCAGUCUUAGUGCUUGAGAAACUUUACUAAAACCCCUGUAUAACUCUGUACUUCAGUGGAGUGACUUUACUGCUCCUUAAUACCUGACUGGUGGAUUUCAUACAUAAGGAGCACCGGAUUAUGAGGAGCUCUGAUGAUUUUUGGGAAAAUUAAAGGAUUUUAGGUGCAGCUUAUAGUCUGGAAAAAUAGGGUAGGUUUGUUUGUGUGUGUAUACAGAGGGAUAACAUGGACAAAUAAAAAAAGUCAGGUUCAGUGACCAUUUCAUUCCUUAAAAAAAAAAAAACUAGAAAUAAAAAAAGGAAUAUAUGUAGUAUGAGUUUCAUAUUUAUUUUCAUAAAUAAGAAAUUCUACGUUCUACAUUUUAGGGCCUAAUUACACUACACUCCAUACAGCCUGUUCUGAUGCGGCUUCAGUUUUAAGAGGCGCAUCACGGCAUCAAGUUUUUAUUAUUUAAUUUUGCCUUUUAAUCUUUGCUUCUUAUUUACUUAUUCAUUAAAAUUGGUGUAAAUUCUUCAGAUUAACGCUGGUUUUCUUCUCUAUGCACGGCGACAGGCUCAAAUAUAGAAGCAGGUUUGUAAAAAAAAAAAAAAAUUCUUAAUUUUUCUUAAAUGAUUAGUACGUCUUAGUAGACCGCUCUGCACUUUUAACCACCAGACAUAUCGUUUAUAUGGUUACAAAUAUGAAAGAACUGUUUGAAAGGAUUCCAGCAGCUAAAAUACAAAAUUUUUUGGAAGUUCAUCGUAUGAAUAAACUGAUUUCUGAAGUCUGUGAAGUCACGAACAUUGUCGAAGCCAUAAUACAGCCAAUAUGUUGCUGAUAUGUGGCACAAAACACAAAUCAACAAACAAACAAACAAAAUUAAUUUUAACUAUAAUAACAUCUACUGUACAUCUGCAGAAAUGGAUGUAUAGUAGAAAAAUCAAUGUCUAAAAUAUAUAUAUAUAUAUAUUGUCAUUUUAAUUCUGUCUGCAGUCAAAUAAGUUUUGGGGGUUUUUUGUAUAAAAGUUGCAUUUUCUAUACUUAUUUUUAAGCUUAAUCGUCUGAUUUGAGGAUAUGUUUGACCCUGUUUAACCAUUUAACAAGUAUAAUUUAGGCAUCCUGGUUCUCAUGGUUCUAUAUAGAACAACUGUCUUUAUUUAAA